UGAGAACGGUGAUGUGGCGGACGAGCUCGCCUGCUCCUGUUAUGAGGACGAAUGAAACGAGGUCUCGUGGCAGCUAGCAAUUAUGACGGGUGGAAAUACAGGUUUGCAUUGACGCAGAAAAGACAGACAUACCGUAGCAGGACUGCAUGAUGUACUGGCGGUACAGGUCGUACCGAACGAGGUGUGCAGUCCACGAAUCACGGCGUCAGUCCGACAAGUGGUGGGCCCAUUUAAUACGACAUCUCACGGGUUGGCUGGUUCUGUUUCGUUUCUGUAUCCCCUUGUUUUGAUGCUUAUCGAACAAUGGCGGCCUUGGCGACGGAUGGCGGGACUGGAUCCAGUCGACAGGUUCGCUGUCCCAACCAUGUACGGCAGUGUGUUCUGAGUGGCAAGUUGGCAACCCAGCCGACACUAGAUCUGGUUGAAGCGGACGGCAAGUGCAGAGUGGGAGGAGCCGUGGAUGUGUUCGCGCCUCUCCAACUGAACCUGAACACGCUGUGCGAUACGAGCAGCUUAUCGCCCCCGGACUCUGAACAGUCCACGAGCAAGGACGACCCGCAAGCUCCUGGUUGGACACGGAGACAAAAGCUAUGUGAUGCAGGGUGCUUGUUGGACAGGCUCCUGCGCCUUGUUCGGGUAGAGUUUGUGGCCUUGAGAAGACAAUCAGGGGGUUAGCUGAGAAGAAGACUAACACUUGUUAGAAUAAAUCCGAGGCAUACCGUCGAUCAUCCGAGGACCAAGCAAUCACAUGAGCACGACACCGAGAUUUGUUAACGAGG